AUGACAGUCGACCUGGUGAAGCUGUUUGUGUCUAUCCCGUUCGACCAGCAAAGACUCUCUCUGGCAGCGAGAGGUAUUAGAGUUAAAGAAGGAGUUAUAUCUACAGAGUACUCGCGCAUGAAAUCUCCCUAUUUUAGGAUACACGGGGCGGUAUUGAAUCUCUCAGGCUCGGGACGACCCGUUCUCCCUGGACGUGACCUAGCAUGGGUAGAGAAUCAUAAGGCAGGUGUAACAAGACGUGAAUGGUAUCAUGGCUGGUAUAAGGCGUACAAGGUGUUGAUAUGUGAGUAUGUUGCUACAUGGAGUAAAGAGACUCCCACUGGACCGAUCCGCUUGGACAACUUUGUAGUGGCGGAUAAUCCUUCAUCUUUCAGGAGUGCAUGUUACACUAUGGCAGCUCCACCUUCCCCUGCAGCCGGUGUCGUCAACAAGGGAAUGCGAGAAAUUGUCCUCUCAACUGGACUUUUGGCCAUGUAUGGGACCAUCUGCCAUUUCUUGAACUGGGCGCUUCUGGAAGGAUUGUUAGAAACUUGUUACCUCAGCCCUGUGCCUCUUCGGAAACAUACAGCAACAUGUCUUAAAGGUCUGGACGUUGUUAUGAGUAGGAUUGGAUGUACCAUAUAUUCGGCCGUGGAGAGGUGA